UAUACACAGAGAGAAAGAGAGAGAUAGUGAAAGUGAAAGUGAAAGAAAGCUAUGAUGAUGGGUUGGAGAGUUCCUGAACAAGUGUGGAGGAAAGGUCCUUGGACUCCUGAAGAAGAUAAGUUGCUUGCUGAAUAUGUCAAAUUGCAUGGAGAGGGAAGAUGGAGUUCUGUAUCUAGAUGUUCAGGUUUGAAUAGGAGUGGGAAAAGUUGUAGACUGAGGUGGGUUAAUUACCUCAGGCCUGGCCUUAAACGAGGUCAAAUAACACCUCAAGAAGAAGGCAUUAUUAUUGAAUUGCAUGCCCUUUGGGGCAACAAAUGGUCGACUAUUGCUCGAUAUUUGCCAGGAAGAACAGACAAUGAGAUAAAGAACUACUGGAGAACCCAUUUCAAGAAGAAAGAGAAAAAACAAGAAAAGAAAAAAGGCAAUCAAAUUUUGAUUAAUACUCAAGAAUUGCAGAAACACAAAGAACAAGAACAGCAGUUGGGAAAUGAAAUGAAAAGGGUACUAAAAGGUACAAUUCAGGAUGAAAAAGUUAAUCAUGAUCAUCAAGAAAAGCAAGAAAUGGUAUUUAUGUGUCCCACUAAUUUGGAGCAUCAAUGCUUGCCACCUGCUUUGAUGUCUCAAGCAGAUAAUAUUGCAUCAUGGGCAGAUUUUAUGGUGGAUGAUGGACUACUCUGGGGUGGAUUGUGGAAUCUUGAUGAUGAUUAUAAUCGAUUAGGUUGAUCAUAAAACUAACAGCAGCAAAAUAACCUAAUAAAAUCUAGUGUGGACUUCAAACAAUAUUACUAAUGAAGGGUACAUUUUCUGAAGGAACAUGUGGUUAUGGUUAUGAGAAAACAAAUCAUGUUGUGCUUUGUCUCUAAUUGGUUAAUUUGCACUACUUGUAACAUUAAUUAUUAAUUUACAUUAGCAGACA